AUGCCGGAUACAUUGUUGUGCCCGAGUUUAUUGCUGCUGUUGUGAUCUUGGCUGUAGCUGUAGUGGGCGUAAUGACCUAUUUCGGCUAUCGUUGGUUGAUAUCAAUCUUUCAGCCAAACCAUUCCGUCGGCGAUGGUAGCGCCACCCUAGUGUCAAAUUCAGUACAGUCACAAGAGUCCAAAAAUGGUCAUUCACCGAAAAUAAGUUACAGUUUACCUGAUAUCAAAGAAGAAAUGAAGAAAGAAGUUCAGUGUAAGAAAAUCGUUCUUCCUCCUCGUCAAACCACCUUGCCGAUCGUACCAACUCGUCAUCAGACCUUCCAAAGACAACUCUCUCACCGUCUGGAUAUUUAUGAUGUUCCAUUUGAAAUCUGUAACAAACCACCACGUGAAGCGUCAUCUGUAGGUGAAAUUAAGCCAGAGCUCUACAAGGAUGAGCUGUUGAGGGAAGCUUCCGUGGAAAGUAGAAGUACAUCGGAUGACAACUUAGACCUUGGAACACCUUGCGGUAAAAUCCACUUCACCCUCAAGUACGAUGAAGACAUAGAAGGAUUGAUUGUCAGAAUAUUGCAAGCCAGAGAUCUCCCAGUGAAAGAUCUCACCGGAUCUUCUGAUCCUUACAUAAAAGUUUACCUACAGCCGGACCGUAAGAAAAAAUUUCAAACACGGGUCCACCGAAAAAACGUAAAUCCAGUCUUUAAUGAAACCUUUGUUUUCGGCAUCAGUUACGAACAACUGAAGACUCAUACGUUACAGUUUUCUGUAUAUGACUUCGACCGAUUCUCCAAGCAUGAUUUAAUUGGGCAAGUUCUUGUCAGCGAACUGGAUGAACUGUGUGACGUCAUGUAUGAAAUGGAGUACAUCAUGGACAUAUUGUGUAUACCUCAGGACAAAGAAAACCUUGGAGAGUUGAUGUUAUCAUUGUGUUACUUGCCAACUGCUGGUAGACUAACCGUCACAAUCAUGAAGGCAAGAAACCUGAAAGCCAUGGACAUCACAGGCUCUUCGGAUCCAUAUGUUAAAGUCUCCCUCAUUUGCCAAGAAAAGAGGGUCAAGAAAAAGAAGACAACUGUGAAGAAGUCAACUCUGAAUCCUGUAUAUAAUGAAGUGCUAGUUUUUGAUGUGCCAGCAGAAAACAUUGAGGACGUUAACCUACUGGUUAAAGUUGUAGACUAUGACAGAGUUGGAGCCAACGAAAUGUUGGGCUGCUGUGCUAUAGGCAGUCGGUGUAUUGGUUUGGGACGAGAUCACUGGCUGGAAAUGUUGGACACGCCACGACAACCAGUAACACAGUGGUAUCCACUUGUGGACAGUCCGCCGAGUUUCUUAGAUAUAUCAAAAAGGCUGCCCGUAAAAUGUAUUAGCAUCAGGUGAUAUGUGGGGCAACGACUGAUCCGACUGCUUUGGUGUAGUUAGGGGGUUUAAACUAUCGGGGACAUACUCUUGAAGUAAUGGUGUUAAAAACCUUAUAAACAUGUGUCAAUAUCUAUUGGUUGCUGUCUCAAUGCACACCAUAUUUUCAGUGUGACAAACACUCGUCAACCAAACUUCAUCAUUCACACGUUACGCAUCUUCAUCAUAACAUAAUCAUUCAUUCUAUUCAAUAUUCGUCCUCAUCAGUAUAAUAUUUAUUUCUGUUUCAUUGUAUACAUCAGACACUCAAAUGUAAUAUCAUGUUAAAUGCACCCAUUUUUGUAGAAUUUAUUGAUUUAAUAAAAUAGUUUUAUUUUCAAAAUUGAUAGGAGUGUGAUAUUCAUGCUAAAUAUACGCUUUUAGGCGUAUUCUAUAUGCUCUUCAAACUAAGACCUAAUAUGAUCGUUAAAACCGACCUAACGUGGACUUGCUUGCUUUUAUCAUGAUAAUACAUAUUUCCUAGGCCUGGAGAAACUAUCGUUCCACUUAUAUUUGUUGCUUGGAU